UGCUCUGAGAGCUCGAAGGUCCUGUAGCGUGAGAGUAAGCAGAAUUUUGUUUUCUCGCAAUUUGCAUGUAAGCAUCUUCUAAUGAAAGUUACAAAAUUGCAGUUUUGCUGAAUAAGCUGAGUUUUAUAUUUCGAAGCACCUGCCAUUUGCAGCUAAGGAUUUCCUUUCUAAAGAAUCCCGAGUUACGAAGCCCAGUAUUUUUCUCAAGUCACUUUCAAGGAAUAGGAAGAAGACUCCUUGGAAAAGAACGAAGUGAAGUAAACAAAAUAUUACUAUUUAUCUGUCAUGUGAAAUUGGAGAACUAAACAAAAAUAAUACCACACAGAAGACUGAAAAUGCUUUUGCUUAUUUUACUUUAACCAGAUUGCUUGCUCUUCUAGUCUGUGGAUAAAUAAUGCAGAUGCUCAUUCAGCUGGUGUAAAUGAAAUCAAAACUAUUGCAGGUCUCUUGUGCUUUGAGAGAAGAAAUGGAAGGAAUUAAUCUUAAAAUUGCCUGUCUUAAUCAUCCUCCUUAUGUUGUAGUCAAUGAAACAGAGCAAGGGCGUUGGGAACUGAGUGGUGGAAUAGAUGCAUUUGUUAUCAAACUUUUGCAACAAAAGUAUUGUUUCAAGUAUGAAAUAAUUGUACCACCAGACAAAAAUUGGGGAAAACUUUUAGAUGAUAGAUGGACGGGUAUUACAGGCAUGGUAAACAGAAAUGAAGUGGACUUGGGAAUAGCUAAUUUAAUGAUCACGGAGAAAAAAUACGAUGCAGUAGCAUUCAGCGUGCCUUACAGUGUUGACGGUUUCGCCAUGGUUUCAUUGGCACCAAGAACCUCAGAAAACACUGGAGCAGUUCUACAGCCUUUCCAGACAGAGGUGUGGUGUGCAAUUUUUGCCUCGGUCUUGAUAAUCUCAUGUCUAUUGUCUGUUAUGCAGAAACUUCAAUCGUGUUACAGGAUGACGCCCAUUCUAACUUGGAGAAACACCCUGUGGAACGUUUUCGCCACUCUCUGUCAAGAAGGUUGAGUCGCAAAUUUAUUUUAAUAUUUUCAAGGUCGUUAAUAGUUUCAAUGGUCAUCAACCUUUCACAUAAGCUCAUAAACUUAAAAUAAGGACAAUACAAAGGAAAAUAUAUUUCUAUCGUAUACAAAUCUGAUAAUAUUUUUAACUCACAAGUUUAUGAGGAGCAGAUUGCAACAACACCAUGUGAACGCUUCUACGAAUAAACCCAGAGAAAUGUUCCGUAGUUUAAAAGAUCGAUAUUUCUGUAAUAAUAUACUACAAUGUAUCUCCAAAGAAUUUUGCGCUCAAAGGCAUUUAUAAAACAUUUAUUGACCCAGGGGCAUUUUCUGAGUUUUUGAAAGGGGAAUGCUUUUAAUACUAAGUAUUUAAAAUAUUAUGUUAUUGAAAGGAAGUUAGCAUUAUAUGUUUUCGAAACCUGGUUGUACAAUUUCUUUAUUCAUAUUUCUCAGUACUGCUCAGCAUGUAAAAUAAUAAAAUGUACUGCAUAAAAAUU